UCCAGUACAGUAGGUGGCGGGGUAUGCACCUUAAAAGUUGGAUGCGAUCCGCCAACCCAAUCCCGAAGCAGAAGAAGAAGAACGACCAGAAGAGCAGUCCAUGGCUUCUUCAGACGUCUUUGUUGCUGCUGCUCGCAAAUGUCUACGAGUUGGAAAGAAACGCUUCUCUGCCACUGUGAGUCUGAACCUGGCUACUCAGGUCCUGGCUGUGGACUUGGGCCUGAAGCCCGCUCUGCUAUAUGACAGUAAUACAGCAUCUGCAGAGCAGGUCCAACAGUAUUUAAACUCACUGCAGGCUGCACAACUUGUGUCUAAAUCUCUCCAGACAGUGGUCAUCAGUGAGAAUUCCUUGAUUGUGAACCCAUCCCUAACUAUAGCAAACCUGGAGGCACUUCUCUUGAGGAGGACUGUGACUGUGGUGGAUGUAUGUCACUCACUGGAGCAGCCUGCCAUCACUGAGCUACAGUGGGGAGCUAUCAGGGACAUGAUUCAUGCUUUACUUGCUCAUAUUAGACAGUUUGGGCAACAUUCUGCGACGAGAAAUGUCCCUCACCGAAUUGAAAAGAAUCAUUGUGAGGCAUGGAAUCUGUGUACUCUAUUCGGGAUUCUAUUGGGCUACCCCUCCACAUACUGGUUUGACCAGAGCAGGAGCUUUGAGAACUGCCUAGCUAUGUCUCCGCUGGUGGUGACCAAGGCUGUGGCAUCCUGGCAGGGUGGUGGUUCUGGAGUUAAGGGUCACAGGUGUUGCCUGUAUUCCUUCAGCACCCCAGAGAUGUUGCAGGCAGAGACUCUGUCAGUGAUGGCUAGCUGGACUACACAGCUUCAGGAACGAUUUCAGCAGCAGACAGUCUUCUCUGGACUCAGUGUAACCAGAUCAACUGUCACCUUACCUUCUGUGGCUCUAUGAUUAUAAUAGGACUUUGUGGAUGGAUAUUGUAUGGAAAAUGUGACGGUAUUUGUAUUUUGGAUAUUGUCUGUAAAACAAUUGAUAAGCAAACAUUGAAGAAGCACUUGUUCAUGUUUCCAAACUGAUUUACAUAAUCAGUUUGUAAACAUAAUUUAUUUAAAAUAUAAAUGCAUUUGUGAGGGAAGUUUACACCAAUGACUACAUCAAGCUUGUGGCUACAAACUUGUUGGAUGCAUUUUGUUUUGGUUGUGUUUCAGAUUGUUUUGCCCAUUUUGGGGUUACUUAUUGUAAAUAAGAAACUAUGUUUCAGAACACUCCUACGUGAAUGUGUAUGCUGCCAUGAUUAGGAGUAAUCAUGAAUAAAUUGUAAAUGAUGAGUGAGAAAUUAAGAGGCACAAAGAUCAUGAUCUUUAUUCCUGAUUUUGGGGGUAUUUCAUUUUUUAUUUAACUAGGCAAGUCAGUUAAGAACACAUUCUUAUUUACAAUGAUGGCCUACUCCGGCUAAACCCUAACCGGACUACACUGGGCAAAUUGUGCACCGCCCUAUGGGACUCCCAAUCACGGCCGGUUGUGAUACAGCCUGGAAUCGAACCAGGCUCUGUAGUGACACCUCUAGCACUGAGAUGCAGUGCCUUGGACCGCUGUGCCACUCGGGAGCCCAAAAUAGUAUAAUAUGAUCAUCAUUAUUCAUGAUUAUCUGUAAUCAUGGGGAGAAUCCACAUUAGUGUUCAGAAACAUUAUAUUAUUUUUUACCGUAAGUGACUCCAAAAUGACUAUACAUUAUUCGCCAUUCACUUCCUAUUGGGCAAAACAAUCUGACACACAACCAAAACAAACUGCAUAUGCAUCCAACAAGUUUGUAGAGUCACAAGCUUGAUGUAGUCAUUGUGUGCUAGGAAUAUGGGACCAAGUACUUAUUACUUUUUCAAAUGGGUGGACUAGAUGCAUAGAAGGCCUUCAUUUCGAAACAAUAAAACAUAUGUAUGAAAAUACCCUCAAAUUAAAGGUGACAUUGUAUACUGUCGGCUCAUAUGAAACAUUUGAUCUCAAAUCCAAAAUGCUGGAGAAAAAAGCCAAAUAGAGAGAGGAGUGUUUAUACUAUUUAGCUAAAAUGAUGUACAGGCUAAAGGCGUCCGUAUGCUUUUCAGCCUAAACAGUUAGGUAGAGUCCGUGUCUAGAUUGACAUUUUGUGACAGUGUUUGUUUGUUUUGGACUUCGGUGAGUUUUUUUGUUUGGGCACACAAUUUUUUUCUGGAAGCAAGCCAAAUAUCUGUGCUGAAGUCUACGCCCCUUCGUCGGUGAUUGGUCAACAGUAAGGAUUCUUCAAAGUCUUUGUUGUCAUUCACAAUGAUGCAACUCGUUUUCAUGCACAUUUUUUCAUUGAAUAAUACUGCACCUGACUUGUAAUUAGUUAGAUGUAAAAUUGUGUGACUAAUCUCUUUGGCAAAAACGUAAAAACUUAAGAUUUCUUGACUUAUAGAUUAAUUCUGACUAUUUUGAGGAAGUGUAUACUGGCUACGUCUCAAAAUGUACAAUGAGUACUUUUGACGCUUUUAUUUCUCUUUUCAAGCAGUCUUAAGGAAGUAUGUGAGCGCACUCGUUCAAGUAGCCAAGUUCGGCUAGGCGCCAGCCGAACUGAAGUAUGCUGACAACUUAAGUGGAAAGUAGAAUAAUAACCAUUAAUUUCUAUGGAUGAUUAUUACUUCCAUCAAUAUGGUGGGUGCUAACUUCAGAAUAGUGCCCUGUCAGCCAUAAAGCAUAUCCUCCGUUACUUGUGGGGUUUCCCAUAGAUGUCAUAGAAACAAGUUUCCAUCUCUCCAGCCCAACGUCCUGAGGCUGAUUGCAUUGCUGCCUGGAUGACCAAGAGGUAGAGCCCAUUGAGUUGUUCAGUUGUCAGUGUCUAUGGAUCAGUGACUGGAGUCCUAGUAAGGCCAUCGUCUGUCUCUGGUCAGUGGGGCUGAAUGACUGACAGUACCUCCCCACAACGAGCCUGGACUCUGAACUCUGCCAGGUGGUUGGCCCUGGUAGGCCUGUUGUUCAAGAUGGCCAAUGGGAUCUUCUAGUCAGCUGCGGCCAGUAGGAAUCUGUACCCAGAAUACACUUAGAAAAAAACAAGGAUAUAACAGUGAAACUACACAGAUGUCUUAGAGAACUUGAAGAUGUAUCUACAAGACAAAAAUAGUCAAACUGCAACAAACAGUUGACUACUGAAGAGGUAUGGUCUCUGGACUCUAGCAAUAUAUAAUAACACCUUAUUUAUGCCCACCUGCAAAGAAGAUCCCGCAAUUAUGGCUGCAUCAGACCCCACCAGUCUGUCAUGUACAAACUAUACAAACUACUGUAUCUCGGUUCACUGUCCGUCCGCCCCCCCCCCCCCCCAAAUGUCACGUUUUGCUUCAAUAUGCCCCCACAGUCCUUACAGGGAGGCACUCCGAAGUGGAGGACAUGUUCGUCCACAAUGAAGUAUCCCUGUCUGGAGCUACACCACCAGCCUGUGCUACCCACCCAGGGUUCAGUGCUGCGAAACACUUCUAGAGCUCUUCUCUAGCAGACAUUGCACCACAGCUCAGACAUAACACCCUGAGAGGGACACAGACAGAUGGACAGACACACACAGGUAAAUCACUGUGUUGCUCUUAAAUUUGAUGAGAUUUUUUUGACAAGGUUAAUUGGAGGAAAACCGAUAAGAAGCAUACAACCGCAACAGGCAUAAAGUACACAUUGAAAGGAGGUAAUACAAUUCAGUGUCAUGUAACGUACCUUAUAAUGACACGAGGUACAGCAGAGCUUUCAUUUCAGCACCAUGGAGUGAAUCCUUACCACCGCUACGCCUGGCUGUCAGCGAAGCCUUGAAUAGCAGAAAAACAGUUCAUUCGGCCACAUUUACUGCCUUUUAAAAAGAUAUGGCUGACUUGCUUAAUUUCUACUAACAAUUGAGAUGUUGUCCCCUUAUGCCAUAGUUUGUACGAGCGGAUAAGAGGCAAUCCGUCAUUUCGAUUUAAGACAAUGAGUGAGCUAGGACAGACGUAAUCAAUAUAACUAUUUGUUCUGCACUUUGGAAAUGUACAGCGACAGAAUUCAGAACAUGGGCCAUUUUUACAGUGUACUCCCUGUACACCAAGUAAGAACCAUAGGAUAAAUAAAGGGGGCAUAUAAGCAGACAAUGAAAUCUCUUACAAUAUUAGAUGAUUACAUUUCUCUAAAACAGGCUAUUGGUUACAUGUGCACCACCAAGUCAGGACAGUAGGCUAAGUUAUGAGGGGAAAGGGACCAAAUUAUUAGGGUGAGGCACAUGGGCUACUAACAGCUUACUACACAACAUACACUUAUUAUUAUUUUCUUAGCUACAGUAUACAUAUCUCCUUGGCAUAUUGUCAUUUAUGCAAGCAUACAAGACAUUUUUAGACUCACCUUGUUGUGCUGUGCUCACUUGAACAGGCGGAUGGUGUGGCGUUCCUUCUUGUGGACAAAUUCUGUCAUCAAAGUUUGGCAUUCUCUGGAUUUAUGGUGGUUUCAAGACAACUGGGAAAUCAUGAAAAAAUCAAUGUUGAAUCAUGACAUCAGUUAUCUUCAGGUUGGAGCUCUAGAAAGAGGCCGAGUUCCCGACUUGAAAUUACGAUUUGGAUGACCGUUCAAAACUUAUUUUCCUAGGCGGAGCAAUUUUUUUUCCAGAGUUCCCAGUUGUCUUGAAGUCUGAAAUUUCCCAGUUCUGAGUUUCCAGUUGUUUUGAAGGUGGCAGAAGUCAUGCUGGAUUGACAGCAUGGCCAAUGUAUUCAACCUUUUCUGGCCCAUGGUGUGUUGCGAGUGAAUGUUUUUCCUUUUAAGCUUGGAAGAGACCCUUAAACUUAGACUUGAACCAAACACACUCUCCACUGAAUAGCAGGCUGGUGAUUGCUUUGCAAAGCUUGCAGUUAGACACGGAUUCCUUCCAAACCACUCAUUGUUGAAUUUGCGAUUUCCAACUUAUGUAAUGUUUAUGGCUGAUGAGCACCGAUGUGUUUUAUCUAUAAUUUCUCUUCAUAUGACAAGGAUUUGCCAGUAGAUUGUCGACUUAAUCCAAGAUGACUGCUUUCUAGCUUGCUAGCUAAGAUUUUGAAGGUAUGAUGUUGUCAUUAUCAGUCCAAUCAAAGCUAUGAUAGAUAUAACGUGAUUUGACGUAAUUUUAUCUGUGGCCAAUGCCCUCGAGCCUUCUUGGAUGGGCACCUCUAAUGUAAAUCUAUGGCAGCACUCAAGGGGCUUGAAUUUGAGCUCUCCCUGUAGAUUUUGUGGUGACAUAGUUUCCCCAUGAGUGACAGAACACUGAGCCAAUCACAGCGCAUCUGGAGAACAUUACCAACCCCUACACUCCGUAUUUUCCGCUGGCUGCCCUAACACCACAGAAAGCACUGAGCUAGGAACACCUGCAUUUUGGAGCUGCUUUACUCAAGAAGGCAAAUAAGAGACCAUGUUUGUAUGCGGCUUUAUUAACUAAAUUUAUAUUAUUAUUUUUUUACAUUGUUUUUAAACUGAUGUGACACAUAUUAAUACCAAAAUAACAUGCAAAACAGGCACACACAAAAAAAACUUUUAUAGGGUUAGUGUUCCCACAUGGCCAUAUCUCCAUGUUAUAGCGCUUGUUUACAGAAGACAGAUGGAAGACUGAGGUGCUAAUUACAGGGGUUAAAGCAACAACAACAAAAAAUAUCCCAUGAAAAACUUAAGUAGAUCUCAGAUUGAUUGUCUGGGGCCAAGUUAACCUCCCCUUUCAUUUCAGAAAGUCAUGACUAUCAUGCUUUUAGGGAAAGAUUAUAAUUUUAAACUGUGAGUUUGACCAAUUCCAGUCCAGACAUUGGUAAAAUGAUUUUAACAUAUUGUUAAUGCAUAUAGACUAUGCAUGGUCUAUAUUAUCAGAUGUGCUAUUAGCAAUAAGCAUUAUCACCUGUAACCCAACUGAUGAAGAUAGUGGCUAUAAAAUGUACUUGUGAUGGGUAGGUUUUCUCAUAACCUGCAGUCCCAGCAGUUAUAUACAUGGGGCAGGCAGGUUAGGGUCAUGAAAUAUUGUGUGGAUGAAGGGCAGGUUGAAUUAAAAAGAAAACAAUACCUUAAAAGGUCCAUAAAUGUAUCAUUCUUGUGCAAUGUAUACUUAUUUCCCUCAUUAAAAUGCAAAUCAAUUUAUAACAUUUUUGACAUGCGUUUUUCUGGAUUUUUUUGUUGUUAUUCUGUCUCUCACUGUUCAAAUAAACUUACCAUUAAAAUUA